CAAACGACUAGAUGUGUACGGAUCCCCAGCCAAUUAACCAGAGCUCAACAUUUGCGUCAAUCGUACGCGGGAAAUCACGACGUCAGUAGAGGUUAUGUGUAUUUCGAUGGAGAGUCGACGCAUCAGUCUGCUCGUUAUUCAAACUUAUUAAAAGAACGAAGACUUUCUAGGACUUUACCGGAACAGCCAAAUUUUGAUAGAUGUAAUAACUCAACAAAACCAAAUACACGAAGCCCGCGAGUUCAAUUUGCACCUACUUCACCCGAUAAACUUCACUCCCCUUGUUUGCAUCAAGUAAGCAGAGCAUCAAGCUUUGAUGGUCGUCCACUAUACAACAAUGUUUACAGCAAAUCACUCCCAUUUGAAGACAGAUUACCUGGCGCAGUUCGUCAGUUCAGCUACUGGAGUCCACCGAUAAAACAAUAUGUUCAAAGUGGAUGUGAUCGAUCAUCUAAUACUAAUACAAAUAGACCCUUGGAGAAAAGAGGUCGACUUGUUGUCGCCCCGUCGAUUGAAAUUAGCCAGGUGUACGGAAACUCGGAUUCUUCAAGCUCCAAUGAAUAUAUAAUAAACAGUGAACGAAAGCUGACUAAAAACGUAAGAGUAACUUCAUCAACAUCACUUCCAACAAGUGAUUCACCUUCACAAACUAUUUCUGAUUCACCGCCCCGCACCGUCGAUAGCAACAACAACAGACUGCAAUCAUUUUCCUCCAUUUGUUCUAGUCGCCGUGUGUUAACGGAUUCGCAGCUUUCAAUGAAUAAUUCUUAUGUGUGUGAUAAUGCCUACAACCCAAGAAGCCAACCUCGCCCUAAAUUAAAUAGACAAUCAUCCUCUUUUAUUUCCGAGGGAACUAAUAUCAGCAACAAGCCGCUGGAUCAGAGUAAGAGAAAUACUCAAAUGGAUGAGUUUGACUACUUUUGUCAGAUUGCUAACUCCCCCUCUGGAUCCAAAGUUUCGACGCAUAACAGUACUUCUUCCCUAAUACCAUCUAGGCAAGUAUCUGCCAUGCGGAGUCAUUCCAUGCGAUCGGCUAGUCCAGAUGACACAUAUCUUUCAAGAACUGCUGCAUCCCAACUCGAAGAGUUUGUUGAUUCCUCAAAAUCUGGUCGGCUAAUUGAAUCUCCAAAAAUAACCCAUCUGAAACCACCAUCACGAGGCCAGCUGAGACGAGCAAGUACCGAUGAGAGUGGUACUCACAGUUUAAUUGAGCGUGGCCCGGUAGCCGCCACACUGAGUUACUCAUCAGUGCAUACAGGUAUGCAAAAUCUGUGCAAAUCUCCACCAACUUCAGUACCAAUGCUACCUCCGUGUCAAGGAGAAAUCGUGAACCCAAGUGUACCACUGGGUGUUCCCCUAUCCCCAGAAUCCCUAAUGGCUGAUGAACCAGGGAUGACCUACUAUCAAGUCCAAAUACUCGGCGCAUCCGGGGUUGGCAAGACCGCACUAUGUCAACAAUUGGCAAGAUUAACCGCAAGCAAAACAACGGAAGUCGAUCUUGAAAGCGAGGAAUCCAACAAUGAAUCCCAUUCAAUUACUGCGGCCUUUGAAGGCUCUGUUUAUACUAUCAAUUUCGUGGAUACAUCAGCCGAGAGUUUUGAGCAGAAUUUGGAAAUCCAAGUACACGACUGUAUAGAUGCAUUCAUUGUGGUAUAUGCAAUUGAUGACAGCAUGAGCUUUGAUGCCGCCAGAUUGAUCAUCCAGGCUCUUGUCUCCGUGUACAACUCAGACCCGUCACCAAGCUUAUCUUCUAAACCCAACCAGAUGAAACAAGCUCCAGUUCCCGUCCCCAUAUAUUUGGUUGCAAACAAAACAGACCUUGUUCGUGGGCGUCAAAUAUCCAGUGAAGGUAACUGA